UAACAAUAGUUUCUCUUCGUUAUUGUUUUAUCUGUCAACACCAAGAUGUCCGCCGAUUGUGAUUUUCAUUAAGUUGACAAAGAUUAGGAAUAAUUUUAACAGUAUUGUGACGUUGUGUAUAUUAAAUUAUUCUAUACCACAUGAAUUGCGGUGCUUAACCCAGUUUCAAUAACGAGAAUGGUUAAGAAAAAGCGACAAAGCGAUCCAACCGAGAACGGCGACGAAUCGACGGAAUCGUGCGAUGAGUCUGCAAAGUCCACAUGCCCUCAUGUCGCUAAGGCGGUGGAUCUCACCAAACUAAAAAGAUCCCUUAAAACCAAUGGCUUUGAGAAGGAAUGCACUGAAUGUAAGAAAAGUCCCAAAACUGAGGUAGAAGAUCCAAAUUUUGAAAUAGAUCAGACUCUGUGGAUGUGCUUGAGAUGUGGUUCUCAAUUAUGUGGAAGAGCAAGAAAUAAACAUGCUCUCAAUCACUUCAACACUCCUCAUUCAGAUUGUCACGCCCUCACUUCUAACACCACCACCUGGGAAGUGUACUGCUACAAUUGCAAUAAUGAAGUGACAGCAACAAGUUCUAAAAAACUACAUGAAUGUAUUGAAUAUCUCAAAAAGCAAGCAAAUGGUAACCCAAGACUACCUCCAAUAGAACUAUACCAUGAAUCACCUGCCCUUAACAACUUGGAUCUCUCUGUGCCUGUAGACAGUAUAAUAACAAUUGAGAAAGGAAAAGAUAAAGCUAUGGCUUUGAACUUUCCUCGAGUCCGAGGGCUUACAAACCUUGGUAACACUUGCUUCUUUAAUUCAGUAAUGCAGUGUCUAGUACAGACACCAUAUUUAUUGAAUGUUUUGCAAGAAAUGGCUGCACCAGGAGAAAGGUUUUCUUUACCUGGUGGAAAGUUGACAAUUAAAGAGGAAAAUGGUGAUGAUGGCAAGGAAAUUGAACUUCCACCAAUAACAGGACAAUUAGGAGAAUGGGGCAUGCUGACAAGGACUCUCUCCGAAACACUGGAAGAACUUCAAACUGGUGAUGGGUGUGUGUACACUCCACGCAAGCUGCUUUCAGCCCUUGUUAAUAAGCUUCCACAGUUUGGUGGAGGUGACCAGCAUGAUUCACAUGAGUUGCUCCGGCACCUCUUAGAAGCUGUCAGAUCUGAAGACUUGAGACGUUAUCAGUCAGUGAUUUUAAGUAGUUUGGGAAUGAGCUCCAAAGUGGACCCGGCUAAAGUAGAUUUUGAGUUAAAGCAGAAAGUGAAGUUCUAUGGUCAGCAGGCUUCUGACACCAUGUUGAAACCAGAACAGGUUUUCCGUGGAUUCCUAGUUUCGACACUUGAAUGCCAGGAUUGUUAUCAUCAGUCGGAUAGAGUUGAAUACUUCCUAGACCUGUCUUUGCCUGUGGCAGCUUCAAGACCCCAACCCCCUGCAGUCACUAGAAGAAAAACUAACGAUGAGAACCUGUUCACCACACAAGAUGAGAAACAGUCUAAACAUCAACAGAAAAAAGAAAGAAUUGCUGCAAGGAAAGCUGCUAGGAAGAACAAAGGUACAUCGAAAGAUAAAAGUGGUGAAACAAACGGAAAAGACGAUGGUAAGUCAUCUUCUGAGCAAUCUGAUGCAGAUAUAGAGGAUAAUAUAGAAGAACAGCCGAAAGUUACUGCGACCACCAGCACCCCGUCUCUACCGCACACCGCAGAAAACUUUGCGUCUUACCAUAUGGAGUCUGGGUACAACUCAGAAAAAGUCAUUAGUUCAAACUCCAUCCGCAUUGAUUUUGAUUUUAUCCCUGUUGAUUUGGAUAAAGAGAAAUCUGAUAAUACGCCAGAGUCAACAGACAAAGAUAAAGCUGAAUACUCUGAAGCGUCAACUUCUACCAUACCAGUUGUCCUUGAUUACAAACCAUUGGAGAAUUUUUCCAAUCCUGAUUCAGGGGUAGCCAGUCCAGAUGCAACGAAACAUAACUCGACAGAAACUGUCGAUAAUGUGGAUUCGCCUAUAAAUGGUAAAGAGUUAGGUAGCCAUAGCUCGCUUUGCAGUGACGUCAAUUUGGACCUCUCCAGUCCACAGCAUAAACUAUCACCAGUCAAGAACGAAUAUGAGCGACCGGUUUCCAGGAUAUCUUUUGCUCCAGAAUAUUCAAACGAAGUUAUCGAUCUAGGUAUUAGCACACAAGCUAGUCGAGAUCUCUUGGAGCUCAACUGGGAAUUCAACUCUGUCGGCACAGAAGACACAACAGUUAAUAAGUUCAAUAAUACAGAAGUAAGCAAUAAACUCGACAAAUUGAUGUUGGAUGGAACUAAAAAAAAAGUAAAAACCAAACCUAUCUUCCCAUCACCUGUAAAAGAUAACAUAAUUGAAAUACCACCUAUUCCUCAACCAAAGUUCAACAAUUUUGAUGCUGACAGAAGUCUCAACCGUGAUUUUAUGUCGUUGCCACGUCAGAGCCCCCUAUCUCCCAGAUACCUGUGCGAUGAAGACGAGUGCAGCAUCCAAUCAUGUCUUAGCCAAUUCACGGCAUUGGAGUUACUCACUGAUAACAACAAAGUUGGCUGCGAAACAUGCACAAAGAGAAUCAAUGGCAAAAAUGGAAAAACUAUAUACACAAAUGCUUCGAAACGUUUUCUCGUUUCCAGUCCUCCAGCAAUUCUUAUUCUGCACUUGAAGAGAUUCCAAUUAGGACCACGUUGCAUGUUCCGAAAGAUGACCAAGCAUGUAGAUUUUCCAACCAUAUUAGAUUUAGCCCCAUUUUGCGCUAUGGAUAAGCUGAAGAAACUGCCAAAUGUUGCACGUGGACAGAGCCAGUUGCUGUACUCUUUAUACGGUAUCGUCGAGCACUCGGGUGGAAUGCACGGCGGGCAUUACGUCGCUUACGUGAAGGUUCGCCAGCCUGUCAAGCCUGGUGACCCGAGGUGGUGGUUCCUGCCGAAGAGUGCAAACAUACCAGCUUCCGGUAGUGGCGAUGCGGACGCCGACUCUGAAUCUGAUCUCUCUGGUUACGAAUCAGGUGAAGGCCCCUGUCCCGCUCCUGAAGCUCCACCUGGGAAAUGGUACUACGUAUCAGAUAGUAUGGUCUCCGAAGUGACAGAAGAAAAAGUCCUAAAGGCCCAAGCUUAUUUACUAUUCUACGAAAGGAUUUUAUAAAUCUUAAAGGAAGGAAGGACUGAAAACGGCCUAAAGACAAAGCCAAUAUUUGCGCGUUCAUCAUGAAUCCAUAGUAAAAAUUAUUUCAAUAUUAUGAUUCCCUCCUUAUUAUAGACCGUAAACACAUUUUUUUUUCAAUUUAUAUAUCAUUAGGGUAGAUUGUCCUUCAAUUUCAAAAGUAAUAUUUUAAUUAAAAAAUUGUAUGCGUUUGAAGUGUCUCCCAAGUUCCACAGUAAUAAUGUUAUUGUUCUAGGAUUUCAUGUUCUGCUUCUGUUUGUGACUUCUCUCGCGGUAACUGUUCAACAAGUGGAUAAAUAAAUGAUAAUUUCAGUUUGUGCACCCUCCCUUUCGAGAUGGUCAGAUAAACAUGAUAUUGUUGCCUUUAUCUAGUUCAGAGCUCAGAGGAGGCAGGUUGAACGUGUAAUAUUGGCUUGAGUUACACAGAUAACAUUGGAUAGCAUUUAGGUGGAAGACUGACGUUUCGUAGCAGGAAUCGUGUGCUUGCGCAUCUCUGUACAUAGCUUGUUCCCCCCACUAUUUUAAAUCCCUAAUCCGUCUGCCGUCAGUGUCAGCUUUACUCUAAUUAUGUUGUAAUUUAUAUUAAUUAAGGACCCGAAUGUUGCGUUUUGUAAUAUAAUUAUUAUUACUAUUUAUAAAGAAUGAAAUGCAGUGUUUAUUGUUCAACGGUAUUUGUAUGCUUUUAUUGUUUAAAUGUAUCAACAGUUCCUGUGAUUAACUUGUGCUAAGUUAUGCUGUUUUAUGAACUUUAUUGCCUGGUUAGUAUUGCUCGCGUAGCCUUUAGGCCCACUUGUGCGUAAGGUACACACUAACGGCCGUUCCCAAAAUUCAGUCUAUCUCUAACUUGAGAUAAAAAUCGUAACUAUCGUAAACUUUUCUGUCCCAAUAAACUUAUCGACGGUAACUCACCUUAUCCGUGCACGCUGUCUGUCAAUGGGACGACGUAUAGCUGCUUACCAGCGAUGUAAAAUUUGUAUGGAAAUUGCAAUUCACGCGUAUACGUACACCGUAUACCCGUACGGAUAUAAGGCGAUAAGGAUGACUUAUCGCGUAUAUUGGGACAGCUUCAGAUUAUUGACAGCUAAUUACUGACACUAGAAGGUAGUAAUUUAUCUCUUCUUUAAAAAAAACGGCCGUUCUCUACGUAAAGGAUGUCUGAUAUGUCGGAUACACUGAAUAAGGGUUAAUCCAAAUUGCAGCAAAUUUUGUAUAACAUCAGCAGCAUUUUUAAUAAAUUAUGCCAAUUUCUAUAAAAUAUUUCUUAUCUAUGGAAGUCAGGCAUCGUAAUAUCUUAUCUUGUAAACAUUAAUCAUAAUAAUUAUAUAAAAUAUAUUUUUUUAAGUAAAUAAAAUUAUAAAUUUAUUGUUUCAUGCAUCUUUUGCGUGCUUUAAUUGUUUCACUAAUAAUUUCGAACAAAUAUGUGAUAAAUAUUUAUCUCUUAAAAUUUAGUUAAUUUUUUUUUAGACCGCUUUGGUCGUAUCGGUUAGAUGAGAACCGCAAUAAAAUUGAAUUGUUUAAUGUUACCAAUUAUUUGUAUUAAGUAUAUCUCAAUUUAUCAGGUUAGCCCUGUUACUUGUGAUUUGGCAACACUUAUGAUUGUUUAUGGUCCAGUCUUCCAUAGCACGUAACAUUUCAUCUCUAUCAUUCGUGCCUUUGGAUGGAUUUUACUAUUGUUUUUGGAUUAUUUUAAAACGAAUGCUCAAUAUAUUAAUUAAUACAUAUUAUUAUGUCGUGUUAUUUUAUCAUCUAUAAUAGAUUAUAAACGAAUGUAUAUCGCUUUAUAAAAAAAAUAAUCAUAUCUUCUAUUAUGCGUGUAUUUUUCAAUUAUAGUAACACUAUUAAGCCGCGUUGUCGUUUCCCUGAGUGGUUAUUUAUUAAAAAAAAAUUGCUUAAUUUUUCGAUUGGCCUUUAAAGGAGUUCUCUUUAGCCUUAAUUGUAUUUUAAUGUAUAAGUGUUGCUAUAAUUUGAUUUAUUAUGUUACGUUUGUCAGGUAUUGUGGUGUCUGACCCUGAGUUGAAUUAUGUUAUGUGUAGUGAUAAAUUUGUAUAUUAUUGUAGUGACCCAUAAUUGUGUUGAACAGGUGUAUUAAAUAAUAUAGUUAUAAA